GCCUCCACACACCCACAUCCCCCCCUUUUCACGUCACAACGCAAACCCCAAUCCAAAACAUGUCCACCACCUCCACGAUUCUGACCGAGACUGAGCUGGACGAAAUCUACUCUUUUGCGAUUCAGCUCGCGAAAGAGGCCGGUCAGAAGCUUCUUGAUGCUGUUGAUGCACGGUUGGGCCGGACUAGUACUACUAUUACUGGUACUACUGCUGGAGGAGGAGGAGGAGGAGGAGCAGUUGGUCAUGUGGAGAAGGAAUCUGCGGUGGAUUUGGUGACGGAGACGGAUGAAGAUGUGGAAGCUUUCAUUCGUACAAGUGUGGAGGCCAAAUUUCCCUCUCAUGCAUUUGUGGGCGAAGAAUCGUAUUCGAAAGGUCAAUCGAAGAAAUACCUUAUUCCUGAUGUAGGACCUUCGUGGUGUAUUGAUCCUUUGGAUGGCACUGUGAACUUUAUCCACUUGGCUCCAUUCUAUUGCGUCUCGAUAGCUUUUCUGUGGAAUGGUGAACCUAUCAUCGGGGCUAUCAAUGCUCCUUUUCUCCGGCAGUUAUUUACGGCCUGUCGAGGCAAAGGAGCCUGGCUGAAUGAAACGACCCGACUGCCUCUUGAGCGAAACCCUAUUCCCCCCAUGCCCAGCAAUGCUCCCAAGGGCUGUGUAUUCUCGUGUGAAUGGGGCAAAGAUAGGCGAGACAUUCCAGACGGAAACAUGCAUCGUAAGGUCAAUAGUUUCAUGAACAUGGCUGCUGAAAUUGGGGGUCGGAAUGGCAAAGGAGGCAUGGUGCAUGGAGUUCGAAGUCUCGGUUCUGCCACACUAGACCUAUGUUACGUAGCCAUGGGUGGCUUUGACAUAUGGUGGGAAGGUGGCUGCUGGGAAUGGGACGUAGCGGCGGGGAUUUGUCUGCUAAAGGAAGCAGGUGGACUGAUUACCACUGCCAACGCCCCCGACGACUAUCUGAACGCUCCCAUACCGGACGUGCAACUCGGUAGCCGGCUCUAUCUGGCGAUUCGUCCCGCGGGAGAUUCAGCAUCAGAGACGGGACGGCAGAGCCAAGAACGAACUGUUCGCGAGGUAUGGCGGCGAGUGGAAACUCUGGACUACUCCCGGCCGGGCGUAUGAAAAGAACACACUCGCGACCUCGUCGAUAAUCAACCCAUACCAACAAUCACAGUGAAGACCCAGAAGUGCGUAAGAGGUUACAUUCUCAUACAUCGCAUAAAUUCCAUCUUACAACUUCGCCUGCGACAGCGCAUGAGCCACAACACUCUUAACCCGUUCCACAGGCAAUUCCUCCACAGUCCUCCCAUGCCAAAGCGUAUGCUGAGCAAAAGCCUGAUAAAUCAUCGCCUCCGUCCCCAAAAUCACCUUCCACCCGGCCUCCUCCGCCAACCUCCCCAACUCCGUCCACGGCGAAGGAUGAUAACACAUUUCCAACAUGGCCCCUUUAUGCUCUUUAUUCAAAAACCUCUCCGCAAUCCUCCUCGCCUCACGCUCCUCUUCCGUCACAGGCGCGAAAUUCGGUACACAAGCCACUAUCGCCCCCGGCCCUUCCAACGCCUCUGCCUGCUCCACAGAUUUCACAUGCACGAGCCCUUUUCCAUAUCCUUCCGCCCGACACCAAGCCAUCACCGCUUCAACUUCUGCCGCGUCGCGAUUGACUAAAUAUACAAUUUCGCAUUUCAAAAAUUGAACUAAAGCGUACACGGCUGAUCGAGCGGCUCCUCCGCCUCCGAUGACGAGGCCUGGGCGAUGGAGAAAUACGGAUGAGGGGUUGGGGAUGUUUUGGAAAAAAGAUUCGCGGACGCCGAUGGUGUCGGUGUUGGUUCCGAUGUAUUUUUGGUUGGCGUCGAGGUAGAUUGUGUUGAUGGCUCCUACGGCGCGGCCGGAGGGGGUGAGGCCGUCUAGGUGAGGGAUGAUGGAGACUUUGUGGGGCAUUGUUACUGCUGAGCCAUACAACCUCUCAUCCUUCAAUAAUCUCAAAAACUGAGAAAUAUCCGUCGAUUCCAAGAGUUGAAACCCCCAAGGUAAACCGACUUCUUCAAAAACAGUAUUGUGUACGAGAGGGGAAUAUGAGUGGGCAAUGGGAUAGCCGAAGAGGUAGCCGUGGCGUUCAAAGUGGUCGAUGGGAGGAUCGGGAGCUGUGAUGAUGCUAUUGCUGUUGCUGCUGGGUUCUUCUUCUUGUUGUUGUUGUUGGGCGCUCAUUGUGAUGUUGAUGAUGAUGAUAUAUGGUCGGUCUUUGUUCGUUGGGGGAUUUCGACCUCGAGUUGGAGGAGCUGACUUUAGGAAGAAGUGAAUGGGCUUGCUUGCUGGUUUUGUUGAAUUGGAGAAAGAAAAUAUUCCCAGUCGAAAGGUAUUUU